AGUGUCCUCCUAUGUAUGUCCUACCUUUUCAACUCCAACGAAAACGCGGCUGCUUGUUUGCCAAUCCCCUCAUAUGACUAAAAUUAGAAACUCCAUGGAAACAACGAAAUUUCACAACCCCACCCUCGUAAACCCUAAUUUUUCUUUUCUUUCAUUCACCUCAUAACCCUCUUUCACCCUAAAUUCAUCGAAUAUACUCUCACUUCUUUAAAUUCUUGACAUCCAAGAAGAAAGGGGAAAAGAUUGAUCGACUUUUUCAAGAUAAAGUAGUCAAUUUUUAUUUUUGUUAAUGCUAAUCUGUCGACCUAUCUUUCGUAAUCAAAUUACCUACAGCAUUUGGGAAUGGAUUCGGUUUUGAAGAAAGGGAAUGAGAAAAAGAGGAGUUUAAUCAGUUCCGAGAGUUGGGUCGUGAACGAUGAGAGAAAGAGAAGGAAGCAAGAACAUGAGGUGCUUGAACAGAGCAAGUAUGGCGAUGGAAUGGCAUGGUUUAGAGGUUGUUUGAUUGGUAAAGGGUGUUUUGGGUCUGUAUUCCUUGCGAAUUUGAAGAAACCCAAAUCGAGAUACAGCUCUUACCCACCAAUUAUGGCUGUGAAAUCGGCUGAGGUCUCUGUUUCUUCUUCAAUUCAAAACGAGAGAGAGGUUUUGAAUAAUCUGAGAGGGUGUCGUAAUGUGAUCAGAUGUUUUGGGGAAGAGAUUACAACCGGAGAGAAUGGACAAAUGGUGUACAAUUUGCUGCUGGAGUAUGGCUCCGGAGGAACCCUAGCUGAUCUCAUCAAAAAAUCCGGUCAAAAUGGGUUGCCGGAAUCGGAUGUCAAACGUCAUACUAGGUCAAUUCUUCAUGGAUUACGUCAUAUACAUCAUAACGGGUAUGUCCACUGCGAUUUAAAACCUGAAAACAUUCUACUCAUCGGUAGUUCCUCUAAUGGUGAUUUCACGGCUAAAAUUGGCGAUCUGGGGUUAGCAAAAAGGGCAAAACAGAGCAAGAAAAGCAAAGUCGUCCGUUAUCAGAGAGGCACCCCGAUAUAUUUUUCACCGGAACUUCAAACCGAUGGCGUCCAAGAGGCUCCGUCUGAUAUCUGGGCAUUUGGGUGCAUCGUGCUGGAGAUGUUCACCGGAAAACCUCCAUGGAACUCGAACAUGGAAACCAACAACGACGAAUCACCUUCAAUUCCGAGCAGUAUAUCAAGAGAAGGGAGAAGUUUCUUGAAGAGUUGUUUCUCGAGGAAAGCUUGUUUUAGAUGGACGGCUGAGAUGCUUUUAGCUCAUACUUUUCUGGAAGGAGUCGGUGAUGAUGAUGAUGAUGAAGAUGUUAAAGUUAAAGAGUUGGGUGAGGUUUUGGACAUAAAUGGAAUUUGUUCGUCAAUCAUGUCUGAUGAUGAUGAUGAUGAGAUGAGUAUGUUGUCGUUUUCAGAUGGGUUGAGUUAUUUUUCUGAAGAUGAACUCCAUUGUUGGUCUGAAGAAGAUGUUUCUUGUUUUUCUGUAGAAGAAAAUGGUACCACUGUACCAUUGAAUGAAGUACAUCAAUACCCUUUUACUUUCUCCAUUUCUUCAGGAGUUUAGCUUAGUACGUAUAUGUUCAUGACUCAUGAGAUGUUAAUUUAUAUCAUACUUUUGUUCCAUAGCCAUAUUUGAAAUACAGAUUACAUUGAUUUUUACUUAUAGUUGGUAUUAUUUGUAGAAAUCAAUUCGUUCUUUGUGUUACUUUCUGCCUUAUAUAUGUGAGAAAUCAGAAUUGGAAUGUUUUUUUUGUUU